UGGCAGACCUCUUCGGUGCCCUAUUCUUUAUUCUCAUUUGACAAGUUCAAUUCAAAAUGGUCAAGGUUUGUCUGCUAGCAUUAUUUUGUCUUUGUGCAGUUGUCACCGAUGCUCAAAUGCUCGGAGGACAGAUUUAUGCGAAAAUAAACGCAACGGUAUCAAUUUCAUUACCACAAGUUGCUAAUUAUCGCCGCGAAAUUCAAAAUGAAAAAGAUGUUUGGGAGGAACAUAUCUACAGAGUUUGCAACGGGAAGAAUAAGAAAACUUGUGGAUAUUGGGAGAAUGUUAAGACCAAAAAGAAGAUUCCAUCGGGACCCACAAACUACAACAAGAACAAGAAAAUGCUAGUUAUCAAGAAAAUGAGACUGUAUGAUUUUGGAAAAUAUAUGACUGGAAACAAGAAGACAUCGAAGACUGUUAUGUUCCAAGCUUGGUGAUCAAUUGUUUGGACCUAUAUUUCUUCGAAUAAAAUACGUUUUCAAUUAACGAUAAUGUGGGAGA